AGCUGUUGUUGGCAGUUGGACUGCAACAACCACCGACCCCUUCUCUCUCUCUCUCUCUCACUCUCUCUCCAACUAAAUCAACUAACGGAGAAUAAUAACAGAACAUCCCAACGGUUAACUUUCACCUUUGUUUCUUUCUCUCUCUCUCUCUCUCUCUCUCUCUCCUUUUCGCAAGCACAAGAAAAACAGAGAUCGAAAAAGCUAAUAGGCACACACCUUCCUUCUCAAAAAACAUGAACCAAAUUGGACCCAUCUCUCUCCCUUUAAUCUUAGACUAUUUUUGGCACCAGACAUCCUGCGCAAAUCUCGCAGGAAACUUACGACAAACACAAACCAUUGCCCAAAAAAGGAGCAAGAAAAACUCUUUUUUGUUUUCCCGUUUUCUUCUUCUCUUUUGAAUCUAAUGCAACGCCAAAUUUGAUGUAAUGUGAUAGUAAUGAACCAAAAGUAGACCCGUUCUCCCAAUCUGGGUCGGAUCCUAGAUUCGGGUUAAUGGGUUGCGUUAGCUCCAAACGGACAUUGUCGGUGGCCGAUGUCUCCCCAUCUUCGUUGCCUGUUAACGACCAUAGCUUGGCGGGUCCUUCAAGGUACCCGUCUGGGUAUUUAAAUUUUGAACAGAAACACAAAAACGAUAAGAAAGAUGGAAGUAGACGCAAAAAGUGUAGCUAUGACAUUGAUAACGGUAAUGAGGAGGCGGCAAAGGAAGAUCAAGAUAGCAAUCAGCAAGGCAAAAAAGUAAGGAGAAGGAGCUCUAGCGGACAGAGUGGACCCAUUAAUCUCAAAUUGGGAUUCUCCCGGAGGCACGUUGAGGCCGAGCAGAUCGCUGCCGGGUGGCCCAGCUGGCUCAGUUCUGCAGCCGCACAAGCCAUUAAUGGUUGGGUGCCUCUACGAGCUGAUGCUUUUGAGAAAUUAGAGAAGAUUGGACAAGGCACAUAUAGCAGUGUGUUCCGAGCACGUGAGCUUGAGACUGGAAGGAUGGUUGCACUGAAGAAGGUGCGGUUUGACAAUUUUCAGCCAGAGAGCAUUAGGUUUAUGGCACGCGAAAUACUGAUUCUCCGCAGGCUUGACCAUCCAAACGUUAUGAAGUUGGAGGGAAUAAUUACUUCCCGGUUGUCAAGUAGCAUAUACCUUGUAUUUGAAUACAUGGAACAUGAUCUUGCUGGACUAUCAUCUUCUCCAGACAUCGAGUUCACUGAGUCGCAGGUGAAGUGCUACAUGAAGCAACUAUUGCAAGGGAUUGAGCACUGCCAUUUACGAGGUAUAAUGCAUAGGGAUAUAAAGGUGUCCAACGUUUUGGUCAACAAUGAAGGAAUUUUAAAAAUAGGAGAUUUUGGAUUGGCAAAUGUUCUGAACUCAAAGAACUGUAAUCAUCUAACCAGUCGUGUGGUGACUUUAUGGUACCGCCCUCCUGAACUCUUGAUGGGUUCAACAAGUUAUGGUAUGUCAGUGGAUCUGUGGAGUGUGGGCUGUGUAUUUGCGGAACUUUUCAUUGGAAAGCCUCUCCUCAAGGGAAGAACUGAGGUUGAACAAUUACACAAAAUCUUCAAGCUUUGUGGUUCUCCUUCUGAUGAGUACUGGAAACAGUCUAAGCUUCCUAAUGCUACUAUGUUUAGACCCCAACAUGUUUAUGAAAGCUCGCUACGAGAGAGGCUUAAAGAUUUUCCAACAACUGCUGUGGACUUGAUGGAAACUUUUCUUUCCAUAGAACCAGAAAAGCGUGGGACUGCCUCCUCUGCCCUUUUGUCUCAGUACUUCAACACAGUGCCAUAUGCAUGUGAACCGUCAAGCUUGCCAAAGUAUACACCUAACAAAGAAAUGGAUGCUAAGUAUCGAGAAGCAGCACGGAGGAAAGCGGCUGGUUCUAGGACAAGAGAUAAAGAUAUAGGACCACCAAGAAAACCCAGAAAGGCCAAUACGACAUUGGAAGAAUGCAACAUUAACAAUAAAUUUGCUCCAAAAGAGAAAGUGAUGGAUACUCAAUUUGUUCUUAAGGUCAAAGAAACUAAUGUUCAAAUGAAAAAGGAAAGAGGAAACAUGAGCACAGAACUAAGUUCUUCUUUUGACACAAACUCGGAGACUUCCCAAGCAACAAAAGGGGACUAUGUUUUCUCGGGACCGGCACCAGUCGUUGCUUCAAGUGGCUUUGCAUGGGCAAAAAGGCUGAAAGAGGAUACUAAGUCUACUCAGUCUAUCUCAUUGAGUGAAAUUAGUGCAUUAGAAUCAAGUUUCAACUUUGCAAACGAUUCCUUUGACUUGCCAAAAGAAAAAGAAGAGGAGGCUACAUCCAAGCAUUUGAUGCUGAAGCAUCGACGUCGUUAUGAUUCAUCAGAUUCUUUUGAUACAGCCAACAUAUACCCUCUUUAUGAUGCAAAGGCAACUGAUGAAACAGAUGCUCUAAUGACUAAUCCUGUAAGAGAUCACUGUAAACGAAGGGAGAAGGUUGAAUUUUCAGGGCCUUUGUUGUCUCACACAAAUAAAAUUGAUGAGCUCUUGCAAAGGAAUGAAAGUCAGAUACGCGAAGCAGCUCGCAGAUCAAGGUUGGAUUGAGAAUUGUGAGGCAUGGAUUCUGGCAUUUGAAAACCUUUCAGUCCGCCCCCGCGAGAGCAGGCAAUGGUUCUUAACUGGGGACGUGGUUGGCAGUUGGAAUUGGCCCUGUGCUUGUGUCUUGUGGUGCUUUCAACUCCUUGAAGAGCUUAGCUUUAACAAGGUGGAUCCUGCCUUUAGGUUUUGAGUUAUGUGUUCAUAUCCAUUGUAUUAGGAUUAGGAACAAAAGUUUUUGAAUUUGUAUUGUAUAAUGGACUGAUCAAAUAGGAAAAAAAAAAAAAAAAUCAAUAUCAGGUAUAGGAGAGAGUGGCAUCAAUUUUGAACCCCAACAAAAUCAAAGAAAGAGCGGAAAAACAUAAGAACUAUAACACAUGAUGCUUUGAUA